CAGACUUGAAUCGUCCAGUAUUCUAAAAACAUAUCAAAUUUUAAAAAAUAGUGGAAAAAUGCAUCUUCUCUUGCUAGCGACGCUUUCCCUGCUUGCAUUUGGGAAUGCAAAAAUCGUAUCGGAAUUUUCCUCCGGGAACAUUAUCGACGAGGGGAACGACGCCGGGCGACAAAACAAGGCGACGAAAUUUGCCCGUAUGACGCUCCCCCUGCAUCGGUAUCAUUACGUCGAAAAGGGCGACCAUUUCUACACGACGUCCUGGACGGAACUCGAAGAUGGCAACGACGCCUACAAAUACGAGGGGAUCGCGUGUCACAUCUUCCCCCACCCGGAGGACGGCACGGUGCCCCUGUUCCGGUACUAUUUGCCUUAUCAGGGCGUUUUCGGGGACCAUUAUUACACCACGAACUGGGACGAGUUGGGGUCCGGGAGGAGGGGGUAUGGCUUCCAAGGGGUGCAAGGGUACGUCUUCCCGACCCCGAUGAGCUCCACGGUGGCCUUGCAUAUUUACCACAACGUGGCCAAUGGGGACCAUCUCUACACCACGAAUUGGAAUGAGUUGGGGGUGGGUGGGGGUGGCUACGUGUACAACGGAAUUGCUGGCUAUGUCGUGCCAGAAGCGAGGAGAAUAAAUCCAGUGAAUGUGACCAAUUUCUUGACAAAUUAUUGAAGUUUAGUAGCGGUUCAGAAAAAAGGGCUCUUUAAGAUUUAUUUUUUUAAUCAGGAUUUUUAUGCUUUUGAUAAGGUUGGUUUGUUAAUAAAAUGUGUACGUGAUAUAUAAAAUGCGGAAUAAAGAUGAUUUGGGUUAAUUUGUUUA